UCUCCAUGCGCGUCUCUCCACACAAAAAUAUAAACUCUUUUCCGAAUCAUAAAGAAGAAGAAGAAGGAGAAAGAAAGAAAAACAUUUUAGUGAAAUAAAAUCGAAAGGAAGGAAACAGAAGCAAUAAAGAGAGGAAGAGGGAGAAAGUUUGGUUUUUUUUUUUUUUUUUCUGUCCUCUCUUUACCCAAAUUUUGUCUUUUCUCUGUUUUGAAGAAACAGGGUGCUAUACUGGUUGUCUGGUAGGGGUGAACUCCAUUAAUGGCGUCUUUUGUGUCUUCUCCGUUUACUUUACCAUGUUCAAAGGUCGACCAGCUCUCUUCUCUCUCCCAAAAGCAAUACUUUCUACACUCAUUCCUUCCCAAAAAGCCCAACCAAGCAAAUUCCAAAUCCGCCAUGAGAGUCAAAUGUGCAACAGUUGGCAACGGUCUUUUCACGCAGACGACCCCUGAAGUUCGCCGAAUUGUACCCGAGAACGAAAGAAAUCUCCCCACAGUUAAAAUCGUCUACGUCGUGUUAGAAGCUCAGUACCAAUCUUCACUCACAGCCGCUGUCCAAUCUCUGAACAAGACAUCCCAAUUCGCUUCGUUCGAGGUUGUCGGGUACCUGGUUGAGGAGCUCCGCGACGAGUCAACCUAUAAAACUUUUUGCAAAGAUCUCGAAGACGCGAAUAUCUUCAUCGGGUCAUUGAUUUUCGUCGAGGAGCUCGCUCUGAAAGUUAAGUCUGCGGUGGAGAAAGAGCGGGACAGACUUGACGCCGUCCUGGUGUUCCCAUCAAUGCCUGAAGUAAUGAGGCUUAACAAGCUGGGUUCUUUUAGCAUGUCACAGCUAGGCCAGUCCAAGAGUCCCUUCUUCCAGCUUUUCAAGAGGAAGAAGCAAGGCGCAGGGUUCGCCGAUAGUAUGUUGAAGCUGGUCCGGACAUUGCCGAAAGUUUUGAAAUACUUGCCGAGUGACAAGGCGCAAGAUGCUCGCCUCUAUAUCUUGAGUUUACAGUUUUGGCUUGGUGGGUCGCCGGAUAAUUUGCAGAAUUUCUUGAAAAUGAUAUCUGGGUCUUACGUGCCGGCUCUCAAAGGUCAGAAAAUCAAGUACGCGGACCCAGUUUUGUUCUUAGACAGUGGGAUUUGGCACCCAUUAGCUCCUUGUAUGUACGACGAUGUAAAGGAAUACUUGAACUGGUACGAAACCAGGAGAGACGCUAACGAGAAACUUAAAUCCCCUGAUGCGCCGAUAAUCGGCUUGGUUUUGCAAAGAAGUCAUAUUGUUACCGGCGAUGAGAGUCAUUAUGUAGCUGUGAUAAUGGAGCUGGAAGCAAGAGGGGCUAAGGUGAUUCCGAUUUUCGCCGGAGGGUUAGACUUUUCCGGUCCGGUGGAGAGGUUUCUGAUCGAUCCGGUGAGCAAGAAACCAUUUGUGAACUCGGUUGUUUCACUCACUGGGUUUGCUCUUGUUGGCGGUCCAGCCAGGCAGGAUCAUCCAAGGGCUGUUGAGGCUUUGAGGAAGCUUGAUGUGCCGUACAUUGUUGCGUUGCCUUUGGUGUUUCAAACAACAGAGGAGUGGCUGAAUAGUACUUUGGGUCUGCACCCUAUUCAGGUGGCUCUGCAAGUUGCUCUGCCGGAGCUUGAUGGUGGGAUGGAGCCGAUUGUUUUCGCCGGCCGGGAUCCUAGAACAGGAAAGUCACAUGCUCUUCACAAGAGGGUUGAACAACUUUGUACCAGAGCCAUCAGAUGGGCUGAACUGAAAAGGAAAUCUAAGGCAGAGAAGAGGCUAGCAAUCACAGUCUUCAGUUUCCCCCCAGACAAAGGCAAUGUUGGGACGGCUGCCUAUCUUAACGUCUUUGCCUCGAUCUUUUCAGUUCUGAAAGAUCUCAAAAAAGAUGGCUACAACAUCGAGGGUCUUCCCGAGACAGCAGAAGAACUAAUCGAGAACAUAAUUCACGACAAGGAGGCUCAGUUUAGCAGUCCUAAUCUGAACAUUGCUUACAAAAUGGGUGUCAGGGAAUACCAAAGACUAACUCCCUAUGCUGCAGCAUUGGAGGAAAACUGGGGAAAACCUCCUGGAAAUCUGAAUGCAGAUGGAGAGAAUCUUUUGGUAUAUGGAAAACAGUAUGGUAAUGUUUUUAUCGGAGUCCAGCCUACCUUUGGUUACGAGGGUGAUCCUAUGCGAUUACUCUUCUCCAAAUCUGCAAGUCCUCAUCAUGGUUUUGCGGCUUACUACUCCUUUGUGGAGAAAAUUUUCAAGGCAGAUGCCGUUCUUCACUUUGGAACUCAUGGCUCACUUGAGUUCAUGCCUGGUAAGCAGGUGGGAAUGAGUGAUGUCUGUUACCCAGAUAGUCUUAUUGGGAACAUUCCGAAUGUUUACUAUUAUGCUGCUAAUAAUCCAUCUGAAGCUACCAUUGCCAAGCGUAGGAGCUAUGCCAACACAAUUAGCUAUCUGACUCCUCCUGCAGAAAAUGCGGGACUCUACAAGGGACUCAAGCAAUUGAGUGAGCUAAUCUCGUCAUACCAGUCUCUUAAAGAUACUGGUCGGGGGCCACAGAUUGUGAGUUCCAUUAUCAGCACUGCCAGACAAUGUAAUCUUGACAAGGAUGUAAAACUUCCCGAGGAAGGAGAGGAGAUCUCAGCCAAGGAACGAGAUCUUGUGGUUGGAAAAGUCUAUGCCAAGAUCAUGGAGAUUGAGUCCAGACUUUUGCCUUGUGGGCUUCAUGUCAUCGGUGAACCUCCCUCACCUAUGGAAGCAGUUGCUACACUUGUCAAUAUUGCUGCAUUAGACCGGCCUGAAGAUGGAAUCUCAUCACUGCCAUCUAUAUUAGCUCAGACUGUUGGCAGAGACAUAGAGGAUGUUUACCGGGGAAGUGAUAAGGGAAUAUUAAAGGAUGUGGAGCUUCUCAGACAAAUAACUGAAGCAUCUCGUGGAGCCAUUACUGCCUUUGUGGAGCAGACAACCAAUCAGAAAGGUCAAGUUGUCGAUGUGGCUGACAAGCUGAGCUCAAUCCUUGGUUUUGGUAUCAAUGAGCCAUGGGUUCAGUACCUUUCAGGCACAAAAUUUUCUCGGGCAGAUAGGGAAAAACUUAGAACAUUAUUUCAAUUCUUAGGAGAGUGUCUGAAGCUGGUUGUAGCUGACAAUGAAGUACGGAGUCUGAAACAAGCUUUGGAAGGCAAAUAUGUGGAGCCAGGCCCCGGUGGUGAUCCAAUUAGGAACCCGAAAGUGUUGCCAACAGGAAAGAACAUUCGUGCUUUACACCCACAGACCAUUCCCACAACAGCAGCAAUGCAUAGUGCUAAAGUUGUGGUGGAAAGAUUGAUAGAAAGACUGAAGGCUGAAAAUGGGGGAAAAUAUCCUGAUACAGUUGCACUUGUACUGUGGGGGACAUAUAAUAUCAAAACUUAUGGGGAAUCAUUAGCUCAAGUUUUAUGGAUGAUUGGAGUGAGUCCUGUACCUGACACUUUUGGUAGAGUGAACCGCGUCGAAACAGUCAGCCUUGAAGAGCUUGGAAGACCUAUAAUUGAUGUUGUUGUUAACUGCUCCGGAGUCUUCAGAGACUUAUUUAUCAAUCAUAUGAACCUUCUUGAUCGAGCAGUGAAGAUGGUGGCCGAGUUAGAUGAACCAGCAGACCAGAACUAUGUCAGGAAGCAUGCUUUAGAGCAAGCUGAAGCCCUCGGCAUUGAGGUUCGAGAAGCUGCAAGUCGUGUCUUCUCUAAUGCCUCAAGAUCCUACUCCUCGAAUAUCAAUCUUGCUGUUGAAAAUUCCUCAUGGAAUGAUGAGAAGCAGCUCCAAGACAUGUACCUGAGCCGGAAGUCCUUUGCAUUUGAUUGUGAUGCUCCUGGUGCUGGCAUGACUGAGAAAAGAAAAGUUUUCGAAAUGGCUCUGAGCACAGCUGAUGCUACAUUCCAAAACCUCGAUUCUUCAGAGAUUUCCCUCACUGAUGUGAGUCACUACUUCGACUCAGACCCAACUAAUCUAGUCCAAAAUCUGAGGAAAGAUGGGAAGAAGCCUAGUGCAUACAUUGCUGACACAACUACAGCAAAUGCCCAGGUCCGCACACUCUCUGAGACUGUCCGGCUAGAUGCAAGAACCAAGUUGUUGAAUCCAAAGUGGUAUGAAGGAAUGAUGUCCAGCGGCUACGAAGGUGUCCGGGAAAUUGAAAAGCGGCUUACAAAUACAGUUGGAUGGAGUGCUACCUCAGGGCAAGUAGACAACUGGGUGUAUGAAGAGGCUAACUCCACAUUUAUCCAAGAUGAGCAAAUGCUGAACAGGCUCAUGAAUACUAAUCCAAACUCAUUCAGGAAGCUGGUGCAGACAUUCUUGGAGGCCAAUGGACGCGGGUACUGGGAAACUUCGGAGGAGAAUAUCGAGAAGUUGAGGCAAUUGUACUCCGAAGUCGAAGACAAAAUAGAAGGGAUUGAUCGGUAAAUAACUAAUGAUCGUAAGAUAUGUUAAAAUGCAAAUAUCGAAUUAACAAUGUCCAUUUGCUUGAGCUUAUCUGGUCCUGUAAAGGGUGGAUUGUAGCUUUCAGGGAUGUUUUAAAAUGUGAAUUUGGUCGGGAGACUUUGUAUCUUAAUCAAUGCUCAAUGAAAAUAUAUUCAGUUUCCUUGAAA